UUGGCUUGUAAAAUUAAUCCUUUUGAGCAAAGAAACUCUAAUAGAAAGGAUCCAAACCACAGAGGAUCUGAAACGACAGUUCUGGAUUUGGACCUUGAAGACCAUCAGAUCAUGGAGAAUGGCAAAAUAGAGGGUACAAGUAAUGACAUAGAUGCCAUAGACCUUCAGUUGCAGGCAAUGUGGGCGGAGCUAAAAUCAGGAGUUGGAAGUGUGGUGGAAGACUUUGCCACCCUACGGAAAACCUACAGCCGACUGGAGGAGAAAGUCUCCACCUGUCAACAAGAAACUAAUGAAAAGAUCCUGUCUCUCAGAAACACACUUAACACAUUACAGGAAGACAUAAGCACAGCUCUAACGCAGCUUUCUGAGGUUAGGAGUAACCAAAAAGACCUGCAGAGGGACCUGGACCUCAUGCAGAGCACACAACACAGGAAAGGCUCAAGGGGGGAGGGAUCAGUGGAUGGCCACGCCUCUCUAAACAGCCAAACAGAACUCAGUCUCAUUCAGCAUUACAUAAGCAGCCUGUCAGCCAAUCAGAACUCCUAUCCUGAGCUUGACACUCAAAAGAAGUCUCCAUUGUGGAGGGAGAGAAAAAACAGUCGAGAUCUGAAAGAACAAAACAACUCAACUAUAAUUCAGAGGCAGACUGCAGCACUGGAGCUGUUGGAGUCUGAGAGAGCGUAUGUGUCUUAUCUCUCACUCCUGUUAAAGGCCAACAUCAGUUUUAAUGGCUCGGAAAAUGUUAACCUCAAAGACAAACGGCCUUUCCCUCCCUCUCUACGCUUCUUGAUUCAGCAGCAUCUGGAACUCCUUCACCUUCUCCAGGAGAGAGUUCUUAAGAGCCACUGGCAAGGAAUCAUGGGAGAUGUAUUUCUAAGGCUCACUAGCAAAGAAAGUGAUUUUCUGGAUCAUUAUGUAUCGUACCUACGGGACCUGCCAGAAUGUUUGACAGUUGUUAGUCUGUUCUCCUCUUCAAAAUCAGCCAGCUUACUGGAGAGUGACAUCCCAGGGGAUGAGACACGUCCGUCUCUGCAUUCUCUGCUUCUACAACCUGUCCAACGUAUACCAGAAUACCAUACGCUCCUCCAGAGUCUUCUACAGCAGACGGAGUCAGAGCAUCCAGACUAUUAUUUGUUACUGGUGUCUGUGCAACAACUCCGAUAUUUCAUGAACCAGUAUAGCCAUCUGCUACAGCAAAACCAGGAGCUCCUCACACACAGUCAUGCCCUACGAGAACACACACACAACCUGUGCACACACCAGCAGGAGCGGCCCUCACACACCCGAAAAGAGCUUAGCAGGUCUACAGUGAGACAGCUGUAUAAAGUCGACUAUGAGAAAAAUUACAGCAACAUCAGCGCACAAAAUGAUCCCUCUCGACAUAACAAACGCUACCCUGACUAUGAAGCGGCACCGUAUCACUAUGACCCAGAAAUCCCGUCUCCUGUCUCCUUCCUGUCCGAUUCUGACUCUCGCCAUAAAGCCAUCUCAGUUCCUCUGCACAGCAUUCCAGAGACGGAGGGAACGGGAUCUGUCCUCUCUGAUGCUCUGGGUGCGCUCUUUCCCUACGGAGCCGGAGGCUCUCGCUGCUCAAGCCCAUCUCAUUCCUCUGACUCCAGCAUUGAUAUUGCCUUUGUGCGUUGUAGUCCUUCUCAUAGUCCACCUCGACAGUCCCACAGUAGGGGGCGAAGCGCUGGGGGUGUGGUUUAUAGGUCCAACAGAGCCUGUGUGUCACCUGACUCAGCAGAUAUUGUAAGACCACGCCCUCUACAGGCAGUGCAGAGAAAGAGCAAAUCACUGAACGGCCUGCAGAUAGACAGUAUUGAUAGCCAAGCCCACCAGACGAAAACUUCUGCCCACCCGAGGCUGGAGCGCCAGUCAAGCGGCAAAUCAAGACUGAGACCCAGCAGUCCAAAGCACAGAUAUGAGACACACACUGACACAGAGGAGCAGCCACGACUAAUACAUCAAAAGGAUCCUAGAAGCCUGGUGUGGGAGGAGCUCAAAUUGAGGGGUGUGUCUGACGAUUAUGACCACACCCCCUUGAGUGAACGCAGUAGGAAAGAAGGAAAAGGAUUUAGGAACUCCUUCAAAAAGCUCUUUAAGAAGAAAUCUAGUGGUGACGGAAAGGAGAAGACAACAGUGAAAGCCGAGUGUCAAAGCAGCGGAGAGCUAGAGUCCAUCAAAGCCCCUCACACAGCAGACAUUGACAGAGGAACUGCUGUUUAAAGUGGUUCUCAACUGGUUUUGCUUCAGGGAAUGCACGAAUGCUUGGUCUUCAGUGUUUCCUCUCUAAAUAUCUCUUGAAUGUCGAGGGUUUCAUGCUUUCAAACAUUUUGCAUGAUAAAUUAAUUUGUCAUAUAAUUUUGGGCGGAAUUUUGAGAACCUUUGGUUCUUGCAUUAUUUAUGCAAAUAUAUACUUACACAUAUAAACAAACAAGCACACUUAUCCAUCUUUUGUUCAGUUUAUGCUGGGCCGCUCUGACAGGAUGCAAAACUACAUCUGAUCAAAUGUAUAAUGUUAAUGAAAUACAUGCUGUAUACUUUACAAAUAAAAAUAAAAAUGUAAAUAUAUUUGAAUGCAAAUGUAAAUGGUAACAAUUAAAAUAAUAAAGCAAUAAUAAAGCAAAUCUUA